GAUUUGUCCAGGGGCUGGGCUCUUCAUGCAAUUCAGGUCCUAUGGAGAUCCACUGGCCCCAUUUCGGAUCCUCAGUCUUGGAGAUCCAGGACAGCGGUUGGCCUCAUUUGCAGCUGGAUUAGAGAAUAGAGAGAAAAUGGAGGGACAGUGCGCAGCCGGUGCAGAAGCUGGAACAAGCCCGGCUGCUCAGUGUGGAAGCUGUGGGGAGAUCUGGACAAAAACUGGGCAGAAGAGCCUGGAGGAAGAAUGUAUCACUUCCGAGGUCCAGUGUAGGCACUUCAGGAAUGUCCACUACCAGGAGGCCAAGGGGCCCCGAGAGCUUUGCAGCCACCUCCACCGCCUUUGCCGCCAGUGGCUGCAGCCAGAAAGGCACACAAAGGCACAGAUGCUGGACCUGGUGGUCCUGGAGCAGUUCCUGGCCGUCCUGCCCGCAGAGGCGGAGCGCUGGGUGCGGGAGUGCGGAGCAGAGACCAGCUGCCAGGCGGUGGCCCUGGCCGAGGGCUUCCUGCUGAGCCGGGCGGAGGAGCAGAAGGAGCAGGUCGGGUUGCAGCCCUUUGCUGUGGAGAUCAGAGAUCCUGCGGGAAGGAGGAAUCCAUCCAAUGCCCCACGGGAGCUGUUUUUCAGGAGGAUCUCUCAGGAAGAUCCAAAUCAGGACACCUCAGGAGGGAAGAGUAGAACGAAGUUGACUCCUCCUUAUUGUGGAGCUGAAGCAGUGGUUGAACCUGCAACUCAAGAGGGUCCUGUGUCCUUCGAGGAGGUGGCUGUGUGUUUCUCCGAGGAGGAGUGGUCUCUCCUGGAUCCUCGCCAAAAAGCCCUGCAUCGGGAAGUCAUGCUGGAGAAUUGUAGGAACGUGGCCUCUCCCGGAAAUAAUGGGCAGGAGAAUAAAGAUUCCGGGGAACCAUUCCAAAUGUUCGGGCAUGGAGACGGAACGGAGCAGCCUGCAAUUCAAAUGGAGCUAGAAAGGCAUGAGAGAAACCAGUCAAAUAAUUGGAAUCAGGAAACCUCAUCUUCCAUUGAUGCUCAGAUGCAAGACUUUCUUGCCCAACAAGGAAAAAUAAAGAAAAAACAUAUUGGGAAAUGUGCAAAACUGUUCAAAGACAAAUUAGAUGUAAAUGAACCCUAUUCAACCCAAACCAAAGGAGAUGAUUAUAUAUGCACAGACAAUGGAAAACAUUACAAUUGGACUUUCACUCCUUCUUCUGAAAAUAGGUCCCUUACAUCUCAUAAAAAGAUCCAGAAAGAAGAGAAGCCAUAUAAAUGCAUGGAGUGUGGAAAGAGGUUCAGAAGAAGCAGUCAGGUUAUUUCCCAUAACUGGAUCCACACCGGAGAGAAGCCAUAUAAGUGCACGGAGUGUGGAAAAAGUUUCAGUGAGAGCCGUUCCCUUACAUCUCAUAAAUGGAUCCACAGAGGAGAGAAGCCAUAUAAAUGCAGACAGUGUGGAAAGGGCUUCUGUGAAAAUGCAUCCCUUAAGAAACAUAAAAGGAUCCAUACAGGCGAGAAGCCAUAUAAAUGCAGAGAGUGUGGAAAGACCUUUAUUCAGAGCAGUCAUCUUACUUCCCAUAAAAGAAUCCACACAGGAGAGAAGCCAUAUAAAUGCAGAGAAUGUGGAAAGAGCUUUACUCACAGCAGUCAUCUUACUUCCCAUAAAAGGAUACACACAGGGGAGAAGCCAUAUAAGUGCAUGGAGUGUGGAAAGAGCUUUACUAAUAGCAGUCAUCUUACUUCCCAUAACUGGAUCCACACGGGGGAGAAGCCAUAUAAAUGUGUGGAGUGUGGAAAGGGUUUUACUAAUAGCACUCAACUUACUUCUCAUAAAAGGAUCCACACAGGGGAGAAGCCAUAUAAAUGUAUCGAGUGUGGAAAGAGCUUCAAUCAAAGGAGUUCCUUUACUUCCCAUAAAAGGAUCCACACAGGGGAGAAGCCAUAUAAAUGUAUGGAGUGUGGGAAGAGCUUCAGUCGACGGAGUUCCUUUACUUCCCAUAAAAGGAUCCACACAGGGGAGAAGCCAUAUAUGUGUAUGGAGUGUGGAAAGAGCUUCAAUCAAAGGAGUUCUUUUACUUCCCAUCAAAGGAUCCACACAGGGGAGAAGCCAUAUAAAUGUAGAGAAUGUGGAAAGGGCUUUAGCAAUAACAGUCAUCUUACUUCCCAUAACUGGAUCCACACAGGGGAGAAGCCAUAUAAAUGCAUGGAGUGCGGAAAGGGCUUCUGUGGAAACGCGUCCCUUAUGAGACAUAAAAGGAUCCACACAGGGGAGAAGCCAUAUAAAUGCAUGGAGUGCGGAAACGGCUUCUGUGGCAAUGCGUCCCUUAUGAGACAUAAAAGGAUCCACACAGGGGAGAAGCCAUAUAAAUGUAUGGAGUGUGGAAAGGGUUUCAGCCAACACAGUAAACUUACCUCCCAUAAAAGAAUCCACACAGGGGAGAAGCCAUAUAAAUGCAUGGUGUGUGGAAAGUUCUUUAUUCAGAGCAGUCACCUUACUUCCCAUAAAAGGAUCCACACAGGGGAGAAGCCAUAUAAAUGCAGAGAGUGUGGAAAGAGCUUCAGUUAUAGUAAUUCUCUUACGAAACAUAAAAGGAUCCACACAGGGGAGAAGCCAUAUAAAUGCAUGGAAUGUGGAAAGGGCUUCAGUGAAAAUUCAUCCCUUACAAAACAUAAAAGGAUCCACACAGGGGAGAAGCCAUAUAAAUGCAUGGAAUGUGGAAAGGGCUUCAGUGAAAAUUCAUCUCUUGUGAGACACAAAAGGAUUCACAUAGGGAAGAAGCCAUAUCAAUGUGUGGAGUGUGGAAAGGGCUUCAGGAGGAGCAAUGACCUCAUUUCCCAUACACAGAUACAUUUGGUUGGGGAUACUCAGGAGAAUGAGAAUGAAAACAACUCCAGUAUGCUGACAUUGCAAAUGAUCGAGCAAGAAGGGAAACCUUUGGAAAUCCGUGGAGACCAAAAUAAAAUAAUAAGAAAUUAAGAAAAGCUACUUCAGAAAACUUCUUCAGUUCCUCCGGACCAAACAGCAGAAAUGAGAAGGGGAAGUGCCUCUGGGAUGUGAAGAUUCCAAAAAAAAAAUAAUCAGACUCGCAUCCACAGGGUAGAACUGAGCCCUGAGUCGACCAGUCUGAAUGCAGAAGAAGAGAACCUUUUUUUGGUCAAAGGCCCCUCCUGAGGUGAGAGAAUCGUCACACGCACGUCAAUGUGGAGUGUGUGGAAAGAGCUUCGGGAUGAAGAAUUCCUCUCUCACCAGAGGAGCCAGAAUGACAAGAAGUCGCCGAAAUGCAUGUGGAAAAGGCUUUCAAGCAUUAAGGCCAUAUUUUGCCUUUCUAUGGUGUGGCGAGGGCUAAGAAAAAGUCUAAAUUGGAUUUAAAUAAAAUUAGUUAAUUAUCAA